AUGUCUUCUCCCUCGUGUCUACAGCUCGACAACACAUUUCGCGCCUACGCGUUGUCGUGUAGAGGAGGAUUCGACUUUACCCUUCUCUUCGAAGAGACCAUCUUGGGCAUUCUUCCCAUCGGCUUGAUUCUCGCUGUUGCGCCGUUUCGCAUCUCACAUUUAUGGCAGCGCCAGAAUAAAGUUGACCUCUCCAUUCUGUUCUGGAUCAAAACGGUAUCGUGGAUUGCUCUAGGUAUCAUACAGAUUGUCCUCACAGCAUUAUGGGCUCUUCCAUCAGCCAACAGAACCAAGACCUCCAUUGCAGCUAAUGCCAUCUUCGCCGUGGGCGCUUGGGUUCUCUGUCUUCUGUCUUGCGCAGAGCACGUGCGCUCAGUCAAGCCUUCAGUCUUCCUCAAUGUCUACCUCUUCCCUAGUCUUCUCUUUGACAUCGCACGAGUCAGAACCCUCUGGCUGCGCGAUAAUGGCGACGAUAGCAGAACUAUCGCAAUUCUCACCUCUGUCGCGCUGGCUUGGAAGGCGGUCCUGCUGGUCUUGGAAACGGCAGAGAAGAGAAGUAUCCUCAAACCAGAAUACAAGGGAUACCCUCCCGAGGCGACUGGUAGCAUCUUCAACAAGGUCUUCUUCAUCUGGUUGAUUCCUCUGUUCAAGAAUGGUUUCUCUAGGAUUCUUGCAGUCAAUGAUCUCUUUGCGCUGGAAAAGCAAUUGAGCUCUCAGCCACUUCAGGACAAGCUUGAGCCUCUUUGGAAUGAAGGAGAAGGAGAAAACCGAGAGAGUCUGCUGUUUGUCACGUUCAGAGCAUUCAAAUGGGAAAUUCUAUCUGCUGUUCCUCCAAGACUCUGUCUCGCUGCCUUGAAUAUCUGCCAGCCUUUGCUGUUGCAAAGAUCGCUUUCGUAUUCAAGUGAAGUAGUCAACGGUCAAACUAUGAGCAUCGGCUACGGCUUAAUUGGCGCUUAUAUCUUGGUCUAUGUUGGAAUGGGGAUUAUGAUGGGUCAGUACCAACACAUGACAUACCGUUCCAUUACCAUGGUGAGAGGCGCUCUGGUUGCCAUGCUCUACAAAAAAGCCGGUACCCUCAGUGUCAAAGAGGCCGAUCCAGCCGCAGCGCUUACCUUGAUGAGUGCGGAUAUCGAAAGAAUCACCAACGGUUGGCAGACAAUGCAUGAUCUCUGGGGUAACGCUCUCGAGAUUGGAGUGGCUAUCUUUCUUCUUGAAAGACAAUUGGGCGUCGCCUGCGUUGUUCCAGUCGCUGUCUCAGUUGUCGCCCUCCUUGGAUCUAUGAUUGGAAUGGUCUUUGUCAUGAAUCGACAAGCAUUGUGGCUACAGGCCAUCGAGAAGCGUAUCUCGGCGACAACUUCUAUGCUUGGUUCUCUCAAGGGUAUCAAGAUGCUGGGUCUUCAAUCUACGCUUAUGAAGUGUGUACAUGGUUUGCGACUCAGUGAAUUGGACAUCUCUCGGAAGUUCAGAAGACUUUUGGUCUGGAACAUGGGUUUCGCAUGGCUAACCCGCAUCUUCGCGCCGAUCUGCGCAUUCGGGGCUUUUGUCGGAAUCAAGAAUAAUCAAGGAAAUGUAGCUGCAUUCGAUACCUCCGUCGCCUACACCUCUUUGUCGCUCUUCGCACUUCUGUCGGAUCCUCUUUUAACUCUUGUCAUGGCCCUGAUGCAAUUUGCGGGGUCUGCUGGUUCAUUUGCUCGAAUCCAGGAGUUCCUUGAAAAGAAAAGCCACACGGACUAUAGGCACAAGGUUGGCGAGAACUCGAAGGAAGGCUUGGAAGACACGAAAUCCUUGACCCUCGUUGCAGAAUCGGUAGCUGCAGACUCGGAUAUCGCCCCCAGUGAUUCGGUCUCGACACAAUCACUCAAGCUCAAGCGCCCUGGCUCUUCCGUCAAUGUCGAUGCCAUUGCAGUUCGAAACGGCACUUUCUCAUGGGAUGUCGAAAAGGAGCCUACCCUCUCCGACCUGACCCUCGCCAUUCCCAAGGGAAAUUUUACUAUGCUGAUUGGACCCUCUGGGUGUGGAAAAUCAACUCUGAUCAAGUCUUUGCUUGGCGAAGUGCAAUGUGUGAAUGGAAAUGUGGAGCUGCUAUCAAAAAGUAUCGCAUACUGUGAGCAGACCCCAUGGCACAUGAACGGAUCAAUUCAAGACAGUAUUAUUGCCAUGUCAGACCUGGACGAAAGGUGGUACUCCACUGUUCUACACGCUUGUGCUUUGCAGAAAGACUUCGAGCAGUUGCCUCGCGGGGACCAGACAACAAUUGGAAGCAAGGGAAUGGCCCUCAGUGGUGGUCAGAGCCAGCGUAUCGCACUUGCCCGAGCUGUUUAUGCCAGAAAAGAGAUUCUUCUUCUCGAUGAUGGCUUGAGCGGUCUUGAUGCAGCGACUGAAAACCAUAUUUUCCACAAUGUAUUUGGUGAACACGGACUGCUGCGUGAAAUCGGCACCACUGUUGUAUUUGCUUCAUCGUCUGUAAAACGACUUCCCUACUCUGAUCAGGUUAUUGUGCUCAGUCAGGAUGGUCACGUUUUAGAACAGGGAAGCUUCAAAGCCCUGAACGCCACUGGAGGAUAUGUCUCGAGUUUCGCAUUAGGACCAGCUGAAUGGAACUAUGACUACAAGGCAGCAAUUGCAGCUAGCUCGGAUGCCUUUCGCGCACCGAUUAGUUCCCCUCACAAGGCUGAGGACAUUGGGGCAGAGGAGCACGGCAAUGGAGGUGAUCUAUCGAUCUAUCUUUACUACAUUCGAUCUAUUGGCUGGCUGCCCUCUAUUUUCUUCACUGUGAUGAUUGCAGCGUUUGUCUUUUGCUUGUCAUUCCCGAGUAUCUGGGUCAAAUGGUGGGCUGCAUCCAAUGAGGAAGAUCCCAAUGGACGCACAGCAUAUUAUGUUGGCAUUUAUGCAAUGAUCUGUGUCGUUGGCAUGAUUACUCUUCUUCUUGGUACUUGGGAGAUGAUCAUUGACAUGGUACCAAAGUCUGGUGAGAGCUUCCACCGGAGGCUUUUGACCACUGUGUUGAAUGCUCCGAUGCUCUUUCUUUCAUCAACAGACAGCGGCUCCCUUCUCAACAGAUUCAGCCAGGAUUUGCAGCUCAUUGAUAUGGAGCUUCCAGUCGCAGCCAUCAAUACAGUUGCCACCUUUUUCCUCUGCCUUGCACAAAUGAUUUUGAUAGGAGUUGCUUCAAAAUACGCAGCCAUCUCAUUCCCAUUGGUUCUCUUUAUCAUAUAUUCAGUCCAAAAGAUCUACCUGCGUACCUCACGACAAUUGCGUUUCAUGGACAUCGAAGCAAAGGCACCGCUAUUCUCUCAUUUCACAGAUUGUCUCAACGGUCUGGCUACAUUGAGAGCCUACGGAUGGCAACACGCUAUGGAGGAGAAGAACCGUCGUCUUCUCGACUAUUCUCAAAGACCAUUCUACCUCCUGUACGCGAUUCAGCGCUGGCUUACUCUCACCUUGGACAUGGUGGUCGCAGGUAUUGCCAUUGUGCUGAUCGUGCUUGUCGUCGCAUUGCGUGGAACAAUUAGCACAGGCUACGUCGGUGUGGCAUUGUUGAACGUCAUUCAAUUCAGCCAAAGUAUUAAGCUCGUGGUGACAUUCUGGACCAACCUGGAGACACACAUCGGGUCUAUUAUGCGUGUCAAGACUUUUACCGAAAAGGUACAGUCGGAGGACUUGCCAGAUGAAAACGGCAGUGCUCCUGUAGGCUGGCCAUCAAAGGGAGACAUCAAGUUCGAAUCGGUGUCUGCAUCAUAUAAGCCCGAUGAACCAGUCCUCAGCGAUGUGUCUCUUUCUAUCCAGGCCGGUGAAAAGAUUGGUAUCUGCGGACGAACAGGAAGUGGCAAAACAUCCAUGAUAAUGAGCCUCUUCCGCAUGGUCGAGCUCACCUCUGGAUCCAUCACAGUCGACGGCAUGGACAUCUCCAAACUCCCCCGUCAACAAAUCCGCUCCUGCAUCAACGGAGUCUCCCAAGACCCCCUCUUAAUCAAGGGUACCGUGAGAAUGAACGCAGAUCCAACAGGCUGCUGUUUCGAUCGAGACAUCCUGGACGCCCUCAAGAGCGUCCACCUCCUAUCAACAAUCGAAGAGAACGAAGCAGGUCUCGACGCUGACAUCGACGACCUGCAUCUCUCUCACGGCCAAAAACAGCUCUUCUGUCUUGCUCGAGCCAUUCUCCGUCCUGGUAGGAUUCUCGUCCUUGACGAAGCUACAAGCAAUGUCGACACCAAAACCGACGAAAUCAUGCAACGAGUCAUCCGCGAAAAAUUUGGCAACCACACCAUCAUCGCCAUAGCCCACAACCUCGAAACGAUAAUGGACUACGACCGCAUCGUCGUCCUCGACGGCGGUCGUCUCGUCGAGUCUGGAAGCCCUUAUACCCUUCUCACCACUGACGAUUCCUACUUUGCUAAACUCUACGCGAGUGCCAUGAAAGAAGAAUCGGAGUGA